AUGAAAUUGAUGUCAACUCUAUUUGAGGGCGGUCCAGAUCUGCUUGUUGCGGAUAGAUUUAUCGAUAGAGUGGAGAAGCAUGUGAACGCCAUGAAUUUGGCGACGGACAAGUUGAAGAUCACUUUAACAAUUUAUAACUUUGUUGGGGAUACUAAGAUUUGGUGGAAGACCAUUUCUCACACCCACAAUCUGGACACAAUGACUUAUGAUACAUUCAAGAAGUUGUACUACAAGAAGUACUUUCCGACACCUAAGCGGAGAGAACUAAAGAAAGAGUUUGAUGGUUUGAAGCAAGAAAAUAUGGCUGUCACUGAGUAUGAGAAUAAGUUCACGUCGCUUUUAAGGUUUGCACUAGGGAUUGCUAAUGAUGAGGAAGGAAAGAUAGAAAAAUUUGUUGAUGGCCUUGAUCUUACCAUCAGGCCAAUUAUAGCUGCCUCAGAUCCGACAGAGUAUGCAAAAGCAGUGCGAAAGGCCUUAGUGGUUAAGGCCAAAAGUAAGGACAGCAAAGCUAUCAGGGAGUCCUAUAAGCAUAACAGGAGCAUGAGUGCUAUCUCUGAGGGUCAAUCAAGUAAGAAGCAGAAGAAUGAACAGUCAUGGUUCAGGGGACAGCAGCCAGAUCCGCACCCACAACUUCAGUAUCUAUGGGGUCUUCUAGACCGAAUGUUACUUGUUUCAGAUACGGGUAGCCGGGACAUUUCAUGUCCUAGUGCACUCAGACUCAGGCAGGGGUGGAGGUCCACAGCAAAGGCUGAUGCAGUCUACCAUAGUUCAGUCAGGGUUUUGACCGCCACCACCACCUCAGCCAUCUCAGCCAACUAUGACAGCCCAGAGUUCUCGACCGGGCAGAGGGACUUCUUUGAGUGCACCCACUCAGCAGUCAGGUUAUCAAAGAUGGCUCAUGUAUUGUUUGAUUCUGGUGUUUCCUAUUCAUUCAUUGCUUCAUCAUUUGCACGGGCAUUGGGAUUGGAGGUCAGUCAGUUAGACAGACCGCUUUGUGUUGAUACGCCUAUUGGGGGUUCAGUCACUCUUGGUAGAGUUUGUCGGGGUUGUUCCAUUAUCAUUACCGGACAGGUACCGGAGUUCGAUCUCAUUCUUCUCGAGAUGACAGGGUUUGACAUCAUUCUUGGGAUGGACUGGUUAUUAUCCUUCAGAGCUGUUAUUGAUUAUUUCAGGGGUAGAGUGUCAGUGUGUACUCCGGAUGGGGAUUGUUUCUGUUUUGUGGGGGAUCGUGGUUGUGCGCGCAAUUUUCUGGAUGUGUUUCCGGAGGACUUGACUGAGUUGCCUCCAUACCGAGAGGUGGAGUUUGCUAUUAAUUUGAUGCUUGGUACCGCGCUAAUCUUUAUGGCACCGCAGAAGCGAUGGGUUGAGUUCUUAAAAGAAUACAAUUUUGAUUCGCAGUAUCAUCCUGGUAAGGUAAAUGUGGUAGCUGAUGCUUUAAGCCGAAAAUCUCGUGGGACUUUGGCCAGGUUAGCCAUUAGAAAAUGGAAGAUGUUUGAAGAUUUUGCAAAGAUGGGAUUGUAUUGUUUUGAUGAUGAUGUUGGCAGUGAGUUAGUAUUCUUGUUUAGUCUUGUGGCUCAGCCCACUCUUGGCGGACGAGUGAUUGAGUUACAGAGACAAGAUCCGAAUUUGGAUGUUAUUCACACUCUGAUUUCUGGUGGUGAGACAGUGAAUGAUUAG